AUGUCGGAGGUGGCCUCGGGGCUCGCUCGGAGGGCGUACUGGUUGUGUGCUAAGCGUGGCUGUAACGCUUGGAAUUGGUGUGACAAGCGGUGGACGUGCAAGGCGUGCGGCACCAGUGCUCCCCCAUGGACGAAGGAGUACCGCUCCGACAAGGUUUCCCCUCGGGUGGACGCCGACGGGUUCGUGCAGCAGCCCAGGGGAAGAGCCGAGCAGCGCGCUGCGAGGCGCUCGGCCUCCCAGCGGGCCCUCUCAGGGAGCACCGCACCCAGCAGCGCCCCCAACAGCAGGGCACGGCGUGCGCGGCCCUUGGGAGAGGCCAAGUCUCAGUACGAAGGGCUCCAGGCGCAGCUCGAGGCGGCCAAGGAGCGUGUCGGCAGGCUCCAGGUGGCCGCGGCGCUCGGGCUCUCGGAGGUCUUCCAGCGGGAGGCGGAGGAGGCCCUCCAGCAGGGCAAGGACCAGGUCGCCGCCCUCGAGCGGUCCGUCCAGGAGGCCCAGAGGACGGAGCGCCCGCCCCACUCCGUUUUCCACAUCGAGGCCAACGCCAUCCAGAAGGUCGAGCGUCAGCUGGCCACAGCACGUACCAAGCGAGAGAAGCUCCAGCUGCAGGCGUCCGAGCUGCGUGAGCUCAUUGCGGAGAAGCAGGAGCAGCUUUCGGCGGCCGAGUUGGGAGUUGAUGAAGUCACUGGGCAUAUUGCUGAGCUGGAAGAGACCAGAGCCAAGGUCACGCAGCAGGCGAUCCAGAGGGCCAACGCGGCAGUCGGUGGCGUGGCGAGCCCGCUUGGGGACGCCGUCCAGGGGUUGCUCACUCAGGUUGGGGCCCUGUCGGACCUCCUCAAGCAGCACGGGGCAGAGCUGCCCCCCAGGUUCUCGGAGAUCGUCGAGAUUCUCAACACGCAGAAGGAAGCGGUCGCUGAUGUGCUCAGGCCCCGCAGCAGCUCGGCCAGGAAGCGCUGGGGCGACAGCGUUGGCGACGACGGCCUCGCGUCUGAGGACGACGACAUGCCGCUCGACAUCGUGUCCUCAGGUGGGCCCGCAGGGCCGACCGCGGCUGGGCCUCCAGCCCCACGGGCCAGGCCCGCGGACGGACCCUACGGGCCCGCAGCGGCCCGUGGCCAGCACGGAGCGACCCUGGGCGCGUGGCCCCAGGUGGAGCCCUGCCUCGCCAAGGCCCUCGCAGAGCAGGGGGCGGCCAUCUCGGACGGCGACCCCUUGGUGGCUGCGGCUGCUGAGGUUUGGAGUGGCAAGCCUGGACAGUACGCGGGCCCAGACGCUGGGGCAGGUGGAGGAGGCGCUGCGACGGCCGCUGGCGCGUCCGAGCCCCUCGCAGGCGGCGGGCGGCGCCGAAGGCCCCUGCCCGAAUCUGGCGCUGAGGAGCGCGCUGCUCGCGAGGCUGCCGUCAUCGGCAAGGCGCAGCUAGUUGACAGGGCAGGAGGCCAGCAGCUCCGAGCUGGCCUCGUCUUGCUCGGCUGCAAUGGCAAUACUUGGAGCAGGAGCAUUGAGGUCAUUGAAGCCUUCUUCAAGGCGUACGACUACUGGCCCGACGUUGUGGCGCUGCAGGAGACGAGGCUCCCGCAUGAGCGCCUGCCCAGUGCGGCCCCGCGGCCUGGGGCAGCGUUGACGGAGAAGCAGGGGCCCCAGGCGACCUCAGGCGGCGUGGCGCUCCUGGUGCGGGACGGCUUGCAGGCCGACGAGUCUGAGUACCCGCUGCCCUCGGCAUUGCGGCACCGCCUCAUCGGCGUGGAGGUGGCCGCCGCUUCUGGCCUUCGGCUCCUGGUGCUCGCUGGUUAUUUUCAGCACUCUCUGGGCCCUAGAGGCACCAACCUGGACAUGUUUUCGGCCAUCUCGGAGGUGACGGGCUCCUCUGCCGACAUCCCGUGGGUCCUCCAAGCGGACUUCAACAUGGAGCCCGAGCCCCUGGAGGAGUUGGGGUGGCCCGCGGCUGUGCGGGGGCACGUCCUCGGGCCCUCGGAGGCGACGUGCCGUGCCGAGGGCUGUGACCACCUCUACGACUGGUUCGUGGCUUCUGCGGCGCUGGCAGCCUGCACGGCCUCCUGCGCCACCACGCUCGAGGGCUUCGGUCUGCACCCUCAUCGCCCUGUCCUCCUUCGCCUACAGGAUGUUCGGGCGGAUGCGUUGGUGGAGGUUCCGUCCAGGCCCGCCCGCUUCCCCGAAGUGGCACCUGAGCGCCUUCGGGCGCACGAGGAAGCGGAGAUUAUGUGCUACUCGGUGGGCAAGAAGGGGCAAGUCACGCCCAGGGAUGUCUCGUGGUCCUGGGACGCAGGCUCCGCUCCGACCAACCUCUCUGUCGCCUUCAGCGAGUGGGCGGCAGCUGCUGAAGGCACCCUGGUCGGCAUCCACUGCAUCGGCCAGGCAGACUUGGCCCGUCAUCUCGGCAGGGGAGAAGGGCCUAGGCUGACCCUCAAGCCUCUCAGCGCCCUUGUCAGGCGAGAUGCUAGGUUCAGGUUCAGCCUCCUCACGCACCGCUUAAGAAGUUGCCUGGAUGUGGCCCUCCAGCGGGUGCGCGCGGAGAGGUCUGGCCGAUGGCACCCUCGGCAUGCGGACUGGUACGGGCACCAGGCCGAGCUCAGGGCGCAGCUCUUGCUGGAGGCGGUGCAGGAGGCGGACGACUCGGUCGGUCAGGCUCUCCCUGGUGCUGCUCCUGAUCGGCUGGGCGACCUGGUGUUCCAGGCGGGCGUCCUCGGCAGCCCUGAUGCAGUUCGGGACCUCCAAGGGCUGCUCAGUGCAUCGCAGCGCCGCGACGCGGCUCAAAGCGCCCAGGCCUGGCGCAACUGGGCCCAGACAGCGGUCGAGAAGGGCGGUCGCCUGGCCCACCGCUUCUCGAAGGCGACGCCCCCGCCGACGGUCAGGGACGCUGACUCGGGCAGGAGGCUUGUUGGGAUGGCAGCGAUUGGAGAGCUCACGAGUGUCUGGCAGAAGCUGUGGCUCCAGGACGGGUUUGCCAUGGGCGCAGGGGCCAGCAGCUGGGACGUUGGCGAGUGGCGGCUGCCCCCCAUCUCGCUGGAGCAGCUCCAGGCAGCCUGCAAACGCUACAGCCCCUCGGUGGGCCUCGGGUGCGACUCCCUGCACCCUCGGCAGAUCCUCCUUCUGCCCGUGGCGCUGCAGCAGCGCAUCCUGGACAUCCUGGCGGCCUACGACGAAGCCCCUGCAUCCAUCAACGGGCAGGUCUCCCUGAUGGUGUUCAUCCCGAAGGCAGAUGGUGGGGUAAGGCCCAUUGCGCUGCUGCCGCUGAUCCUGCGGCUCUGGUCGCGCCUCCGCCAACCGUGCUGUGCACGCUGGGAGGCUGACCACAACUUCCCCUUCUUCUGGGGACGUGACGGGCGGGACUGUGAGCGGGCUGGUUGGCUGCACAACUGUUUCGCGGGGUUCGCGAAGUCGAACUUGCAGUUCGAAGCCGCGAGCCUCUUCCUGGAUAUCAGCAAGUUCUACGAGCACGUGCGGCACGAUGUUCUCUGGGCGAAUGCUGUACGUUUCGGGUUCAACCUCAGGCUGCUGCGCGGCCUCCUCACCUCCUACCAGGCCCCGAGGAUGAUCCUCGCGGCGGGCAUGGCCUCCCCCGCCUUCGGCACUACUGGUACGGUGUUGGCUGGGUGUGCGUGUGCGACAGCAGUGGCGAAGCUCCCAGUACUGGGAGCCCUCCUGGCCGCGGGGGCGACGAGCCCUUUGGUCACGCCGAGGAAUGUUGUUGACGACAUCUCGCUCCAGGCGGUCGGUGCGGCCCGACUCGUGAAGCAGCAGAUGGUCGCCGCCAGUUGUGAGGUGGUCCGCCAGCUGCGUGAGCAGCACCUCCCUCUCAACGAGAGUAAGUCGGUCUUCCUGGCCUCGUCGCCGCAGCUCGCCAAGGAGCUCUCCGAGGCUUGGGCGGUACAGGGCUUGACCUUCAAGAGGGGACUUCAGGCGAGGAACCUCGGCACCGACGCCAACAUUACUCGUCGUGGAGUGCAUGAAGGAGCUGUGCGUGCGGGCGGCGGCCUUCGCCGAGGACGCAGGCUAGGGGUGCUUCGCUCAGCUGGCGCGGCGACCGAGAUGGUCCACCGUGCUGGGCCCACCGCGGCGAUGCUGUGGGGGCGCACUGUGACUGGUGUACCUGAUAGGGAGCUUCACUCGUGGCGCUUGGCGGCGGUGCGCUCGGCUGGGAAGUUCCCUAAGGGCGCCUCGCUCGGGCUGAGACUCAGAGUGGUGGAGGUCAUGAAGUCCAUCGACCUCGACCCGAGCCCCGCGCUGCUUCGUGCCGCGGUGCAGAUGGCGGCCAGUCUCCUCCAGUCGGGGGAGGUCCCGCAGCGUAUGUUCGAGACGGCCUUGCAGGAGGCAGUACAGAGGCACGCGGGAGCAGCAGCCCCAUGGGCGCACUGCCGCACGCCGGUGGAUGCCUUGGCCCUCUCGCUCUCCAGGGUGGGCUGGAGGCUCGUUCCAGGCACCCGCCUCGCCACCGACGACGGCCAUAUCCUGGACCUGCGCAUGAUGGGGCCGCGCGAGCUGGGCCUGCUGGCUGCGGCAGGGGCGCGGCGUGCGUCAGACAAGUCGGAGCUGGCCCGCCUUAGCCACGGUGCGCUCCCCCAGUCGCCCCUGUUCUGGGAGGCCUUCGCGGAGGUCCUCGGGCCUGGCAGCAAGCUCAGCCCCAGGGAGAAGGCGGCAGUGGUGAGUUUCCUUUCCAACGCCCACUGGCCCCAGACCCGUUUGCACUCGGCGGGAGAGAGGGAGCACGCUCGCUGCUGUGCUUGUGAGGCCCCCCGCGGCAGCCUCUGGCACAGGCUGUUCGAGUGUCCUGUACUUGCGGGGCCGAGGUCGGAUGCCAUGGCAGUCAUGUGGUGCAAUCGCCCCGCCGACGGCCUCCUCGGGGGACGGCUCUACCUGGACGGGUCGGCGCUCGACCCCGAGCACGAGAGCCUGCGGCGUGCAGGCUGGAGCAUUGUGCAGUGCGACUCCGACGGCAACAUGGAGUGCGCGGUGUACGGCAGCGUGCGCCAGGACCUCUGCCCGUUCCAGACGGCGAAGGACGGCGAGGAUUUCGCGGUCUGGAUGCUGUCACGCUUCCUGGGCCCGAGCGUUGACGAGAUCCUCAUCGAUUGUGCGUCCACGGUCAGCUGCCUCACGUUGGGCAAGAAGUACGCGACGGCAGCCAACAAGCCCAACGCCCAUCUCUGGGAGGGGAUCUACGCAUCGCUGGACGUGGACAUGCUCAAGGUGACCAAAGUGGCAGCCCACUGCACCGCCAGAGACGUGAUGGAUGGCAAGAUCACGGAGGCGGACCUCCGUGGCAACGGACAUGCAGACCGCUUGGCCAAGGCGGGGGCGGAGCUGCACCGUACCAGCCCUGUGGCCAGGCGCGAGCUCCUUGGCGCGAUGGAGGUGGUGAGGGAGCUCUCGUGCUGGGUGGCGCAAGCCUCCCUCAUCUGGCAGGGGAUCGAGGUCAAGGACUGCGAGGGCCUCCCCGAGGGCAGCGAGCGGACGGCCGUCUCCUUCGCAGUACCAGUGGUGGAGCCCGCCAGCAGCCGCCCGUCCGACUCGGGUCCGAGCGACGGGUGGGCCUCGGCGGCACGCGCUGGGGGCGUCUCCCUUGGUGCGACGGCCUUCGUCGUCGCCGGCCAUGUCCUGGCCUAUGCCAAGUGCGGGGAGGGCGCCGCCGAGCAGGAGCUGAUGGCGUGCACACACUGCGGGGCGUACGCGCGGCUGGGCGGGCGCUCAGGCGCGGCGCCCAAGCUCAAGGAGCAGUGCCCAGGGUCUGCUGGGCUUCCCAAGGGCAGGCGAGACCAGAAGGCGCGCUGGCUGCAGGGGCGGCAUCCUGCUGGCACGCCCCACAGCGGCAGCAAGCGGGUCGGUGCGUCUGUGCCCAGCUUGCGCAAGGAGGACGUGGUGCCGAUGGCCGCUAGGGUGCGCUUCCUGCAGUGGCUAGGGGUCCGCCCCGAUGAUGCACCUGGCGGCGCGGCCGCCGACGCCUGCCGCGGGCCCCCCAGCGGCGCGGCGGCCGCAGGUGAGGCGGAGGCUGAGCCUUUUGUGCCAGACCCCUCGGGGGCCUCGAGGGAGGCUUGGCUUAGCGCCUACGGGCUUGACGAGGCGAGCCUCCUCGAGUGGUCAGCAGCGGCAGAGUCGGCGCGCGAGGACAG